CACAUAACCCCGCCCUCUCCUCUGCCCGACAGAUCAAAUUCUGUUCGUCCCACGAAGCUUCUCUCAAGCAUCUGUCGACUACUAAAUGUCCCGGAUGCAUUGAGUUCCGCAGCGCGUCGAUGAGCUUGACGGUCUGGAGUUCGCCGAUUACAUACAACUUUGUCUGCGCCAGAUCAUUGUUACACCCAUCGCGCUUGUGCGUUGACGUCACGACACACCAUCACGGUACCCACUUCUCGCUCACACUCGCUCGAGAUACCGGCCAAGAUCUCAGCAUUGAUGCUGAGAAUCCAGGAUUGACUGGCAACACAUGCACGUCUUCUGCGAUCACUUCAUGACAAGUCCCCAUCGGGGCUUCGUUGUUAUCCCAGCAUCCCAAUGGGGAAAUCGAAACGGCCCUCAGAUCCUUCCUGCUGGCUGUAAAAUGACGACGCCACCGCCUCGACGUCUCCACCGACGUCAUGGUCCACCGUCGGCACUGCAGGAUUCUCGUCUGGCCUACGGUCUUUUCGCACAUUCGGAUAAUUCCGGCCUGCAAACGAGGGUCAAGUGGGGACAGGCUGUGUCCCCGCGGCGUGGAUCCGUUUUUCCAACCCGCGCUGUGUGCUUACAGAGAGCGAAUGACAUACAUCUCCGUGAUUUACGCUGUGAGGCAGAUCGUCUCGGCGGCGCAAACACAGAUUACGCAUUUUCUUGCCGGUCUGACAUCGGAUACUACUCCUGACGGGAAAUUCCAGGACUUUUUCGUUGCGUUUACUAUCAGGCCGAGACCGGGCCUCGAUCUCAGGACAAGGCACUGAAGCGGAGAGGCGCAUUCGUCGAAUUUUGUCUCAGUGGGGACGAUGUGAAGGGCCGCUCCUGAGUCCCUACUAUCCAGACCCUGCCAAGUAACUCCGACUGCAGAUAGAACGCGAGAGUGACGGCGAAAGAAGAUACAUAUCCCACUGCUGCUUGAAGCCUGGCCGCACCAACCUGCAACCACCCGGUCCUGCCGGAUGUCGCUUAUGGGAAAUAGAGAUGGUGGGGAAGAAAUAAUGCUGUAGCAGGCCCGCGGAAACUCAGUAUAAGGUCACUCAAGGACCAAAGACUGUUUUACUUUACGAAAAUUGCCAUUUUGGGGUAGUUUUACUUUAAAUUUCGAGGGACCCCUCAGUUUUUGUGCAUACGUUCACGUGAGGUCUUUUUUGAGCUCUUGGACUGAGAUUUACUGCACGUUCUGUGCUUAAAUGGGUGAAAGCUGGGAAAAAGCGAGGGGAACUUGUCUGAUCAGCUCCGCUUUUAGAACAUUUCUCUCCCCCUCAAGCCCGAAACCGCUCAACUGGGGGCUGUUUUACGCUAAAUUCUGAGGUACCUUGGCACAUUUUGACCCGUUUUACUUUAUUCUACUGAGUGAG